UAUGGUUUUCCAAUAAAAUAAAUUUAUAUAUUGCUACUUCUAAAUUACAAUGGGCCAACUCAUUUUGAGCAAAUUUUUCAACAGCAUGAAUGUUUCAAUUUUGUGUAAAUAAUUUACUUCAAUUUUUGGUUUGGACAAAAACAAUUUAUUUCUCAUCGAUUCUGAGCAUUGAUUAUACAAAUCGAAAUUUUCAUGUCUUUAUUUUUCAAAAUAUUUUUUUCUGUCUUGGCUCCAUGUUACUCCUAAAAUGAUGGGCAAAUUUUCCUGGAAUAAGGGAUCCACUUGCUUAAGUUAGUCAUCAUUUGCAUCAUUUGGUACUAUCAAGAAAUUUUGUUCGCCAGUUUGUUAGAAAUAAAAUGCACAAGUGCACUAGUGCAUUGUGUAGUUUAUAUCCGUUAUUUAUUGAUUAUUUGUCUUUUAUGUUAGUGCUAGUGUGGUUUUUUUAAAUUAUAUUGUUGAACAAUGAGUCGAAAUGGGCAUAUGGACUGAGACCUGAGUAAGGGGAUUUAAAGUGGGGAACAAAAAAAGUGCACUAAGUAAUUUCUCUAUAAGAAUGCCAAGGGUAUUUUCAGAUACACAAGGAAUUACAAUGGGCUGAUGUAGGAUAUUGUUUUUAGGAAAGUAAACAGCAUUUUAUUGUCAACAAGAUAACCCGUUGAUGUCUACAUUGAUGAUCUUGUUAAAAGCAGUUGAUGGAUUGAUUUACACAAAAGCUCUAUCUUCUCUAAUCAUGGUGAUAAAGGUGGAAGAAAUUGGUAUAAAAGCUGAUGGAUAUUAGAAAAUAUUAGUAAAUAUUCCGUGGACAAUGAAGUCAAUUCUAGUAGUGUUUGCUCUUCUGGCGCUUGCCUGGGCUAGCCCCUUCGCGAGGGAAAAUGUUUCAGAGCAGCCCACUGAAGAAAUGGGUGACUUCUUUGAAGGAGACAUGGAGCUUACGGAAUCGCAGAGAAGGACUUUUUUUGAGGGCAUGAUUGAUAGUCGCACAGGACUUCUGAACACUAACUAUCGCUGGCCAAGCAACACCCUCAUCUAUGACUUUGCAAGCAAUGUCAAUCAGGCUCAAAGAGACUAUAUUGAAUCUGGAUUGAAGUCAAUCGCCGAUAAUACUUGCAUUAGGUUUGCUAGACGUACAAAUCAGGCUGAUUAUGUCCUUGUUACAACGGAUGCUACUGGAUGUUCAUCAUAUGUUGGAAGAAUUCGGGGUAUGCAGACACUCAAGUUGGCACCGAAUGUUCCUGGCUCAGGAUGCUUCCGCUUUGGCACCAUUGUCCACGAAUUUAUUCACGCUCUGGGCUUCCAUCAUGCCCAGACAGCUUAUAAUCGUGAUGAAUAUGUGAUCAUUAAAUGGGAAAACAUUGAACGCGGAAAGGAGGGCAAUUUCAACCUCAGAGAUCGCACUACAACAACUAUGUUUGAUUUGGACUAUGACUAUGGAAGUGUUAUGCACUACAGCGGUACGGCUUUCAGCACAAAUGGACAACCAACAAUUGUUCCUUUGGAUCCAACGGCGACCAUUGGGCAGAGAGUAGGAAUGAGUGAACUUGAUAUCAAGCGACUCAACAGAAUGUACAACUGCCCAGGGAGUCAAUAAAUAUGUAUAAAGAAACAAAUAAAAUUGCAAGAAUAUGCUUUAGC